AUCGUCAGGCCCAAAAGUCCGUGGAGUCGUCUUCCCGCGGGACACUUGCACGAUGUCCGCGGAGAAGUUGGCUAAAGCGCAGACGAUCCACCUGAGGCGGAAGUUCAUUGGGCCAUCAUGCAAAAUAUUCUUCAGUGAUGACCCCAUUAAAAUGGUGCGCGCCAGGGGUCAGUACAUGUUUGACGAGAAGGGUCAGCGCUACCUGGACUGCAUCAAUAACGUGGCGCACGUGGGUCACUGCCACCCGGAUGUGGUUUCGGCUGGCGCGCAGCAGAUGGAAACGCUCAACACCAACUCGCGCUUCCUCCACGACAACCUGGUGCUGUACGCACAGCGGCUGCAGGCCACCUUGCCCGCUCAGCUCUCCGUCUUCUACUUUGUCAACUCGGGAUCGGAGGCCAACGACCUUGCGCUUCGUCUCGCCCGCCAAUACUCAGGCUGCCAAGGAAUCAUCACCCUGGACAACGCCUAUCACGGCCACGUGACGUCUCUCAUCGAAAUCAGCCCCUACAAGUUGCACCAUCUGGCGGACGCGCCGCUCAAUCCAUUUGUCCACGUGGCCCCGAGCCCGGACGUGUACAGAGGUAAAUACAAAAAUGACCACCCGGAUCCGGCCAAAGCAUAUGCCGACGAAGUCCGAGAUAUAAUCCGGCGAGUGCAAUCGAAAGGAGGCAAGAUCGCCGCUUUUAUCGCAGAGUCUUUGCAAAGUUGCGGCGGGCAGGUUAUCCCCCCUGCGGGCUACUUCCAGCAAGUGGCCGAGCACGUCCGUGAAGCAGGUGGACUCUUCAUCGCCGAUGAAGUCCAAGUGGGCUUCGGCCGGGUCGGCAGCCACUUCUGGGCCUUCCAGCUCCAGGGUGAUGACUUUGUGCCCGACAUCGUCACCAUGGGCAAGCCCAUCGGCAACGGGCACCCCAUGUCGUGCGUUGUCACCACCAGGGAGGUGGCCGAGGCCUUCAUGUCGUCGGGCAAUGAGUAUUUCAACACGUUUGGAGGUAACCCGGUGUCGUGCGCCAUUGGUCUGGCCGUCCUUGACGUGAUUGCCAAGGAAGACCUGCAGGGUAAAGCCUUGCGUGUCGGCGGCUACUUGACCUCCCUGUUGGAAAAACAGAAGGAGAAGCACCCACUGAUUGGUGAUAUUAGAGGUCGCGGCCUAUUUGUGGGUGUGGAACUCGUGAGGGACAGAGCCAAGCUCACACCCGCGACGGCGGAGGCCCAAGAGGUCAUAUAUCGGUUGAAGGAACAGCGCGUGCUGCUGAGCGCCGACGGGCCGCACCGCAACGUGCUCAAGUUCAAGCCCCCCUUGUGCUUCAGUACCGAUGACGCCGACUUUAUGGUGGACAAAAUGGAUGCCAUUCUCACAGAAAUCGAAACAGCCACAGGUUUGACCACUGCCAAUAUACUCAAUGGUAAGGAUCAUGUCCAUAAACUUAUGCAAACGAAAGAAGGUACAAUUCAUGUGUAGUUCAAACUAGUUUGAACUUGGCUUUGUAUGGUUCAUCAUAACAAAAGAACUCAAAGGUGACACAUACUUCACUUUUCUUGUUUACUUAAGGUGACAGUGGAUAAACGCCCUUUUGCGUCAUCGCCACGGCUGCAAAGUCAGAAAGGUAUCAGUCGAGAAAUCCCGAGACUAAGCAAGCGUGCUGCUGGCAACGCAACAUAAAGCUUGAUUGUCAAAGACGACAAUUAAGAAGGAGGAGGAUAAAGGUUAUUUUUAGCACUUGGUCUAGUCAAGUCUGCAACAUGUGAAAUGCAAUUUAAUAUGCGCAGCGUCCUCGUUUGUUGGUGCUGAAUGAGUUGAUCUUGAUGGGACAUUUAAGGACAUCAGGGUAAAGGGACGCUUAAAUGAGGAAGAUUGGGACGCCCGCUCAGCAUGAGGCAAAUGGCACUUAAUGACUCCUGAAGGAGGAUUUUUUUUAAUACCAUAUUUAAUUCAUGCUUUAGGUUUCUAAUUCUUAAUAGAUUUAAGGUUUGACUCAUGCAAUAUGUUUUAAAAAUGUGAUUUUUGUGCUUCUUCAUCGCUCAAUGUCGAAAGCUUUACAGACAUUAAAUGCAGAAUCAAGCAAAUGUGA